AUGUGGAAAGCAAACUGUCCAACCAAGAUAAAACACUUCAUCUACAGAACCGCCAACAACAUCAUCCCUUGCCAAGCAAAUCUUGUGAGAAGAGGAAUUGAAGCUGCUGAAUUUUGCUGGAUGUGUGGACAGGAAGUUUGGGAAACACAGGAGCACCUAUUUAUGCAAUGUGCCUGGGCUAGAGCAGCGUGGUUUCAGCACCCUCUUGGGAUUAGAAUUGACCAAGUUAAUCUGACUUUCACUGAAUGGCUCAAAGAGGUUUGCCUGAAUCAAUCAAUUGAUAUUGCGGCUCUGAUUUUUCAAGGUGUGUGGGCUAUAUGGAAAGCAAGAAAUGACAAGUUAUUCAAUGAAUUAAGCCCAGAUCCAAUCUCCGCAAUAAAUAGCAACAUGAACAGCCUCCAGGACUGGCGUGAAGCUCAAAAUUCUCUGAAUGUGGAGGAAAAUACAAAUCCUGAAGUAGCCUGGAAAGCACUAGCAGGGGGGAAGAUAAAGAUCAACAUCGAUGCCGGAUGGACUGGAUCAAACUCCACAGGUUUUGGCUUCAUUGCUCGCUCCCACACGGGCUCUCUUUUGGUAGCUGGAACUCACUUGGAAUGUCAGAGACUAGACCCACUAGUAGCAGAAGCAUCAGCCCUUCGAUGGAGCAUGAUGAAGGCUUGUGAAUUGGAGAUGGAUAGUGUGACUUUUGAAUCUGAUUCUCUAAUUGUCAUAAGAGCCAUGAGAGCAGAUUCAAGUGACUGGACUAUUCACAACAUCAUCCAGGACUGCCAAGCCUUAGCAGAGAAUUUUAAUUCUGUUUCAUUCUCCCAUGUAAAGCGAAAUGCUAACCUCCCUGCCCAUGUACUUGCAUCUGUUGCGAUCAAGUACCAAGACCAGUUAUGGUGGGACUAUCCCCCUACUGAAAUAGAGCAUCCUCUAUUUGUAGAUGCAGCCUUUUCCUAA